CACAGCAUGGCUUGAUGAGUGGUAUGUAGAUCUGCGCCUGAGAUCCGAACCUGCGAACGCUGGGCUGCCGAAGUGAAACAUGUGAACUACACCACCAGGCCAGCUCCCGUUGUAAACUUUUUUGUGGUUGGUAGUGAUCAAUGUCUUCUCCUUCAUUUCUGAUUUUGCCAACUCGUGCUUUCUUUCUUUUUCUUGGUCUAAAGGUGUUGGUUGUUGAUGAAACGAGGAACCUGUCUGGAUGGAUGGAAUUUUUAAUUUUGAUUGCUGUUACUACUGAUACUGAGCCAAAGUGGUGAUGCUACCUGAGGGAUUCUGCAACCCGUAAGUCAACAAUUACAUGAUUGUGAACCAUGCCUUUAGUGAAGAGGAACAUCGAACCCCGGCACUUGUGCCGAGGAGCCCUGCCCGAAGGGAUCACCAGUGAACUUGAGUGUGUAACUAACAGUACUCUUGCUGCUAUCAUCCGCCAGCUAAGCAGUCUAAGCAAACAUGCCGAAGACAUAUUUGGUGAGCUGUUUAAUGAGGCUAACAACUUCUACAUCAGAGCAAAUUCUCUUCAAGACAGAAUUGAUCGCCUUGCUGUCAAAGUUACCCAGCUGGAUUCAACAGUGGAAGAGGUGUCACUACAGGAUAUCAACAUGAAAAAGGCUUUCAAAAGUUCCACAGUCCAAGACCAGCAGGUGGUUUCAAAGAACAGCAUUCCUAAUCCCGUGGCUGACAUUUACAAUCAGAGCGAUAAGCCGCCGCCUCUGAAUAUUCUGACUCCAUACAGAGAUGAUAAAAAGGACGGGUUGAAGUUCUAUACUGAUCCUUCCUAUUUCUUUGACCUCUGGAAAGAAAAAAUGCUACAGGACACAGAAGACAAAAGGAAAGAGAAAAGACGUCAAAAGGAGCAAAAGCGUAUAGAUGGCACAACCCGUGAGGUGAAAAAGGUUAGAAAAGCCAGAAACAGGCGCCAGGAGUGGAAUAUGAUGGCAUAUGACAAAGAGCUUAGACCCGACAACAGGUUGUCUCAGAGUGUGUACCACGGAGCAUCUUCCGAAGGAUCCCUGUCCCCAGACACUAGGUCCCAUGCAUCGGAUAUUACAGAUUACUCUUAUCCGGCUACUCCCAACCAUUCUCUGCACCCGCAGCCCGUGACCCCUUCUUACGCAGCCGGGGAGGCGCCUCCGCACGGGCCAGCAAGCCAGGCCCCCGAGCAUGAGUACCGACCGCCCUCUGCCUCGGCGAGGCACAUGGCUCUGAACAGACCUCAGCAGCCGCCCCCGCCACCCCCGCCACAGGCCGCAGAGGGGUCGCAGGCCUCCGCACCCAUGGCUCCAGCAGACUACGGGAUGCUCCCAGCACAGAUAAUUGAAUAUUACAACCCCUCAGGGCCGCCUCCUCCACCACCUCCUCCUAUGAUUCCUUCAGCACAAACUGCUUUCGUCAGUCCUCUCCAGAUUCCCAUGCAGCCCUCCUUCCCGGCGUCUGUGGGCUCCUCCUACACGGCUCCUCCUCACCCUCCCUCCUCUGGGCUCCUAGUCACAGCCCCGCCUCCUCCGGGCCCCCCACCUCCCCCACCAGGCCCGCCUGGCGCAGGCUCUUCUCUCUCUUCCUCCCCCAUGCAUGGCCCCCCAGUAGCUGAGGCAAAGCGACAAGAAACUGCACAACCACCAAUAAGUGAUGCUCGAAGUGAUCUUCUUGCUGCUAUCCGAAUGGGAAUUCAGCUGAAGAAGGUGCAGGAGCAGCGUGAGCAGGAGGCCAAGCGUGAGCCGGUCGGCAAUGACGUGGCCACGAUCCUGUCCAGGCGCAUUGCCGUGGAGUACAGUGAUUCUGACGACGACUCGGAGUUUGAUGAGAACGACUGGUCCGACUGAGGCAGUGUGCAGGUGAACGGCUCGGUGACAAGGCUGGUGGCCAACAAGGAGACCAUGUAUUGGAAGUGUAUUGAAAAUUUUAAGUGGUCUCAACGCCCACUUAGUGAUAUUAUAAUCCUGUAGCUUAGCAACUUUUGUAUUAAUAAUGUGAUAUUGCUUUUGCACAUCCAAAAAUCCUGGGUUUUUUCAGUAUUUACUGUGUAAUACUUAAGUGCCACUAAACAUAGCAACUCAUACUGCACAUGAGGAAAUAUGCUGUAACUACUGCAUUGUCCUGAAAACAGCGCUCUGCUUCCUUUUUCUUGGCCAUGACAGUAUUUAGUGCAGUUUGGGUUUACUGUUACUGAUCAUUAUAAUUCUGCAGACUUGCUGUGUGUUUGUGAAGCUGCCUGGUGUUAGGUCUCUGCAAGGUUAAUGACUGUGUUCAAGUGAUGUCUUCCAAUCAGUAAGUGAUAUUAUUUCAACUUUUUUUUUAAAUGUGUUUCAGAAGAAGUUGGUUCUAGAGGGAAAGGCUUAACGAGUAGGGAGAAUCAAAUGUUUCUGCUUUCAGUUUCUUGGCUUGGUAGCCUCUGUGUGAAUUUGAAAGUUCUGUUGAAUAAUUUCAUUUUCUUCGCACGCUCUUGUAAAAUGUGAAAUUGGAAGGGCCCUUUUCAGGCAGGAUGCCCUGUGGGCGUUCACGUAGUCCAUGCUUGUUGAUGAUGUUUGUAAGAGGUUUCAGCAGCUCAAUUGUAAUAAAAAUGAAGAACAGGGUUCUUUUUCCUUCAGAGGCCACUGGGGAUGACACUCAAACAUUUGACAGCCCUUCAGCGUGGGCACCAGCCACCACAGACACAAGUGGUCAGGGCUGCAGAGCCGCAUUGGGCAGAGCUGCUGAGUGUCAGUCCUGGGUGCACAGGAGACCUGCCCCUUUUAUACUGCGGGAGCCCUGUCCCGAGCGAGGCCAGCUAGAGUCCUUAGUGCCUCAGCGUGCUACACAGAGUGCUUCACAGGGUACCUCUUCACCGGGUACCUCGCUCCACUUGGAAUUUUAAAAGCUUAGACUUAGGUGAAAGUAGAAUUGACAGCUGUUCGCAUUUCCUGGUGCUGUGGCCAGAUUAGGGGUCAGUCACACCAGUAGGGCCUUAGCUGUCACCAAGAAGCACACGUUCUCUUCUUGUGUUAUUGGCACAUUGAAUUUUAAGAAGUACCUCAGAUUAGAUUAGACUUGUAGCCGUAGUGUCUCACUUCCCUUCUACCUUUGCCCUUCCUGUCAUUUCUCCUCCCAGGAAUAUGAGUCUCAGAGGCUUUCUUUUCCUGGUGAAUGCAAACCGUCAGGAAACCUGUGAACGAGAGCUUAUAUUUUGUAAUUCCAGAUGAAGGAUAACUGCUUGUUUAGAGUAAAUAAAUGCUCCAGGCUUUGAUUAUAGCUGUGAUUUCACAAAUACACUAAGACACUUUACUAACUAAGGAAUUCCUACCUACCUACAGCAUUGCAAACGGAUUGCAGUUAUUAGUUGUGACAAAGGAAUCUUUUGCUAGAGACCGUUCUUUGGGUUGAUGGAGGGAUGUGAACAGGACGGUGACUCGUGGGUUUUUGUCAGUGAGUUCCCCUGAGGGAAUCAGCCCGCCCCCCAGAUCUCGUCUGUGCAUCCCCGAGUGGACACGUGGUGGAUUUGUGGGUGGUCAUCGUGUCAAGCCUGUACGCUGGGUUUUAGUCACAUAGAUUUUGAAACUCUGAGAAGCCUGAUAUCUGUGUCCCCUUUCCAAGACCAUGCUUAUACCAGGUUAACAGUCUCCUCUGCUGGACGAGCAGUUUGGGCGCAGCCUCUGGAGUUUCUCUUCUUGGAGCUAGUCACCAUUUGGCUGUCACCAUAAUUUUAUUGAAUAUAAGUAAUAGUUAUUAAUGAACUUUUAAAUUUCUCUCUUUAACUUCUCUCCUCUUUUUCCCCUCCAUGUAGAGGCCUACUCUGUUGGCGUUAUUCUUGGGACUUUUACCAUUUUAGUCUUACUUUGUCUUUAUUACAAUAUUUUGUCUUUAUUGUUAUUUUGAAUUAGGAGUUCCCUGUAUAAUUCUAGAACUUGUUUUCGGUAAUGCUUCUUUGUUUUUAUGUCCCGUCUCUUCUCAGGAUGGAGAGAACACAUAAAGCUACUAUCCAUGUCCGAAUUUCUUCUAUGUAUAUCUAUUACAAUAAAAUUAGUGGCACUUUAUUCAUAAAUAUUCAUAAGCCCAUUAAUUAUUAGUUGUCUUCCUAAAGCUUAAUCAACAAGUUAUUUUCAGCUUGAUUUUCUGACUAGUGAAAAAGCUUUUGCCCUGAUAUGUUAUAUAGCCGUUAAAAGAAUGGAAAAGGACUAAAAUCCAGUUUAGAUUAUUUUUGCAGUAUUUUUCUCAGCAAGUUUGGUUUAUUCUAAAAUUUAAAUCCAAACUUUUUCUAAUAUGGUAUUACAUGAAAAGGAAAAAGUGAAGAUUUUGAAUUUUCAGUUUUCAUUUUCAAAAAGUAUUUACCAAAACAAAUGGAGAAAAACUUUUAAAAAUGUAUUUCAUAUCUAUGAAUUUUACAUUUUAAAGUAGUUAUAUAUUGUAAGGUUAUUUUAAAUUGUCCCCAGUGUUUUCCCCCCGUGUAUUUGAGUUUAAUUUCUUAUAAGCUUUUUUCUCAUAUUGUAGAUUUAGGCAGAGGGGGUGAGAAGAUCGCUCAGCACCACACACUAGC